GAAGUGAAGACAAAAAAAGGAAACGUGGAGCAAUUGAUGAACCCGAUAUGGCCGGCUUAUUUUAAUGAUUAUAUAUAUAUAUACAUAUAUGUUAGGAUAGAUAGCAAGGCCCAGAUCCUCACAAUCUCAAUCGAGAUCUUCAUGCCCCCUUCUCCGUUGAAGAUAAAAGGUAGGGUUUGAUACCCACACAGAGAGAGAGAGAGAGAGAGAGAGAGGAUAGAACAAGUGCAGCAAUGAAGUUCUGGAUUUCUGCGUGUUGGAUUUUUCUGCUUUUUGUUGGGGUAUGGUUUAUCUGGUUCGACAGAGAUCGUCGCCAUGGGAGGAGGAGGAACACGACGACGGAAAUGAAGAGUGGUGUUAGUGGAGUACUUCCAGAAGGGAACCUUGGUUGGCCUUUCGUCGGAGAAACUCUCGACUUCAUUGCUUCUGGUUAUACUUCUCAGCCUGUCUCCUUCAUGGACAAACGCAAAUCUCGGUUUGGAAAAGUGUUCAAGACGCAUAUAUUGGGAACCCCAAUAAUAGUUUCCACAGAUCCCGAUGUGAACAAGGUGAUUUUACAAAACCACGGCAGCACUUUUAUACCAGCUUACCCAAAAUCCAUUACAGAGCUGCUUGGAAAAUAUUCCAUAUUGCAAAUGAAUGGAAAUCUUCAGAAGAAACUCCAUGCACUCAUCGGUGGAUUCUUGAGAUCUCCUCAGCUCAAAUCCCAGAUCACUGACGCUAUUGAAGACUCUGUCAAGCUCGCUUUGGAUUCUUGGCGGGACAUGUCUUUGGUUUACGUACAACAGGAAACCAGAAAGAUUACGUUUAAAAUCUUGGUUAAAGUAUUGAUGAGCAUCGGACCCGGUGAAGAUUUAGACUUUCUCAUGAGAGAAUUUGGAGAAUUCAUUAAAGGGUUGAUUUGUUUGCCUAUCAAGUUCCCAGGAACAAGACUAUAUAAAUCUUUAAAGGCUAAAGAAAGAUUGCUGAAGAUGGUGAGAAGGAUUGUUGAGGAGAGAAAGUUGGCAAUGGAGAAAUCACAAGAAAAAGGUCGGGUCGAGGAUGUAUUAGACUUGCUGUUGCGCGAAAACGGUGAAGGAAACGAGAAGCAAUCCCUGCCGUUGGAUUUCAUCACUGAUAGCAUCAUAGAGAUGAUGAUUCCCGGAGAGGAGACUGUGCCAAUGGCAAUGACACUAGCAGUCAAAUUCCUGAGUGACUGCCCCGUCGCGAUAGCGCAACUCACGUCUGACUUGUUAUUUUCAAUCGGCACACGCGCGCUUCCCCGCGGUCGAAACACGUGCGAGACAGAAAGUACGCGCGGAGGGACCCAGUUUAUGUGGUUGAUGCAUGGACGUCUAUCAGCCGUACGAUUUGGGAUUGAACGGCUGUCAGAUGAGGACCACUUAUUAAUUGCGUGGUCGUGCAAGUUGCGAUGCCUGUCACUAAAGUUGUCGCGAAUUCAAUGUCAGCGUCAAAGAUUUCUCCUGCAAAAAUCUUUUAUGUUUCUUGUCAUAUUAAUCCAUGAUUAUGGUUGGAGUGACUAUAUGUCGUUGCCAUUUACUCAAAAUGUGAUCAAUGAAACGCUUAGAAGGGCAAAUAUCAUCAAUGGGGUUUGGAGAAAGGCUCUCAAAGAUGUUGAGGUUAAAGGGUACUUAAUACCGCGAGGAUGGUGUGUAUUGGCUUCUUUUAUUUCUAUUCACAUGGAUAUAGAGAACUACGAGAACCCAUAUAAGUUUGAUCCGUGGAGAUGGGAAAAGAUUGAAGGUGCAGUUAACAACAGUAGGUUUACACCAUUUGGCGGAGGACAGAGACUAUGCCCUGGUUUAGAACUAUCAAAGCUUGAAAUCUCAAUCUUCCUUCACCAUUUUGUCACUACUUACAGAUGGGUUGCAGAGAAGGAUGAUAUUAUCCACUUUCCAACGGUGAAGAUGAAGAGGAAGCUGCCAAUCAGAGUGACUCCAGUAGCCACUUGAUCAUGGGGCUUAUGCCUGGAAUAAUAUCUGAUGGGUCAAGACUCAAAAAUCCACCAUUUGAUUUAAACCCACUAAGAAAAUCAAACGAUGUACAAAAUAUGAUCCUAUAUGUGUAUAUAUAAAGGAUCAUCAUAAAUAUGGUUAGCUAGGCAGGUGGCUAAUGAAACUGUAAGUGGGCUCUUUGCCUUGCGCAAGAGGGGAGCCAUUGGAAGGCUAUAACAAUAGGGUGUACAGCUAUAUAUACAAACUCCAGUUUUUAUA